AAAACAAACGAAGCCUUAAAUGAGCGAAACGUCAAGGUAGUGCGAAGCCAAUGGCACGUUAAAGGCGACUAAGAGGGGCUAUUUUUACCGCUAUAUAUUCCUGGAUACCAACCUGAUCAGGUAUAUUCGUUCACCGUCUUCUCAUCGAGUUAACUAGCCUGAUCCAGCCAACAUGUUCAAACUGAUUAUUUUAUGCGCACUUCUGGCAUGCGUUUCGGGGGCGGUUUUGCCCAAACCCCCUGCAGCCGUUGAGCAAAAGGGCGACUCGCCAGCAGUCAAAGAGCUGCCGCUUCGCCCCGAAUCCAAACAGCCAGCCGGAGAAAUUCACAAACCCUUAGAGAAGCUGGAAAAGGCGAAAUCGGCCGAAGCCACCAAACCCGAGCAGAAAUCCGCUCAGAAGGAAAAACCCGCGGCUCAGAAGCCGGAGGAGCAGGCACGUCGCGGCUCAGACACAGUGAAGCAGGGAAAGCGUGAAAAUCAGAAGCAAAACAUGCACUCAAAGUCCAAACCAGUCGAGGAGAAGAAGCCAGCUGAGAACACCAAGGAGCCUCUGAAGGCAGCUGAAGAAACCAAAGCAAAACCCGCUGAAAAGGGCCGCUAAACCCAAACACAUUUUUAGAUUUAGGUUUAUUUAUUUGCCUGUGCAGCUUUGUAAAAAGCAUGUUCUAUUUUAUUUGCAUAAUUAAUUAUUUAUUUUAAUAAACGUGUUUUUAUUGA